CUCGCAGCGUCUCUCAGACCCACAGCGUCUCUCGGACCCGCAGCGUCUCUCAGGAUGGAUGGGUCGUCUCUCCACAGCGUCUCUGGCAGCACCGAGGGCGGAGCUUCCAAGAAACCCAACCAAUCAGAAUGCGUCUCACAGCAGCCAGUGACCAAUGGGAGGCUUCUGCAUCACUGCACAGGUCGGGCUCCGCUCCCCACCUCUCAUAGGCUGCAGGAAGCUGACAGCAGCGAUGAAUCUUUGACCGACAGCUUCUCCACCAAGGACGUCUCUCGCCUUCUCCCCGCCCCCUACAGACAGAAAGGUGUGGUCAGCUCAUCGGAGCCUCCCAUUGGCUGUGCCCUGCCCCCCACCGGCAGCCCAGGCACCAAUGAGACGUGCCUGUUGGCGACCAAGAGCCACGCCUCCUUGAAGUCGGACGCCGCCCACAUCAAGGAAGUGGCUGGAAAUGACUGCUGCGUCCACUGCCUGCUGGCCUGCCUGUUCUGUGAGCUGCUGUCCAUGUGCUCGGCGCUGGGGGAGUGUCUGGCCUGCGGCGUGGGCGGAGCCAGUUGCUGCGACGGCGCGGCGUGCUGCUGCUGCGUGGAGGCGGCCGGCGACGCGGCGUGCACGGAGGAGGCGUGCCAGGCGGUGUUGGACUGUGGGAUGUUGGAAAACUGUUGCGCGUCGUCUGACUGCCUGGAGGUCUGCUUGGAUUGUUGCGCCAUCGUCUUCCCUUCAUAAGGCGGCCAAUCAGGGCAAGACUGGAUGAUGAUGUCAUGGCAAAGGACAGAAACCCUUGGAUUUUCUUGGUUGGUCUGAUCGAUCCGUAUCCCGAAUCAGCACAAAGGUUCUCCAAUCUGAACAUGAAAGAAGAAGCAAGGGGCCGACUCUAGAGUCAAAUAUUUAUGAAAAAUGUGAAAGGAUAAUUUAAUUAAACAUCCACUUUUUUAUCAUCCACUUUCUAACAACCUGGUCCCCAGUGGGGUAUGGAGGAGCUGCUGCCUCUCCAGCUGCAGGGUCACCUGGACAGGUCGCCAGACUGUCGCAGCGCAUUGUUCUUUAUCAGCACUUCUAAAUAAAGUCACUCUGGGGUCAGAUGGUUAAAGACCCAUGUCUCAUAAAUUAGGAUUACGUUAAUUUUGUAUUAUUUGCAUGUGAUCAUGUUAGCAUGUUGUUAUGUUAGCAUGUUGUCAUGUUAGAAUGUUGUCAUGUUAGCAUGUUGUUAUGUUAGCAUGUUGUCAUGUUAGCAUGUUGUUAUGUUAGCAUGUUGUCAUCUUACAAUGUUGUUAUUUUAGCAUGUUGUUAUGUUAGCAUGUUGUCAUGUUAGCAUGUUAUGUUAGCAUGUUGUCAUGUUAGCAUGUUAUGUUAGCAUGUUGUCAUGUUAGCAUGUUGUCAUAUUAGCAUGUUGUCAUGUUACAUGUUGUUAUGUUAGCAUUUUGUCAUGUUAGCAUGUUGUUAUGUUAGCAUGUUGUCAUGUUAGCAUGUUGUCAUCUUACAUGUUGUUAUGUUAGCAUGUUGUCAUGUUAGCAUGUUGUUAUGUUAGCAUAUUGUUAUGUUAGGAUGUUGUCAUGUUAGCAUGUUGUUAUGUUAGCAUGUCAUCAUUAGUAUGUAAUUAUUCACUGCUAUACAGAAAUCAGAAUCAUAAACAUUUAGACCUCCAACCAGAUGUUGGUUGAGAAGACAGAAAGCAAACAGAAGUAAGAAGAAGUAAGAAUUCUGUAAUUUAUCUGAGCUUUUCCUCUCGACCAAUCAGAGCUCUGGAUGAUGGAGCUGAUUAUUAGGGGCUUUAUAUGGGUGAAACUAAUUAAGCUAAUUCUUGAAGGGUUUAUGGUUGGCAAUACCUGAUAUUUUCAGGUGCAUAAUCAGGAUCAUAAAAAUUUAUUCCAUCCGUCUUAGCAGAAAAGACUUUUAGGUUAAAAGACAAAAUAAAAUAUUUUAAACUUUUUUUGCUGAUGUUCAGAUGUUAACAUUCUCCAGGAUUCUACUUGUAUCACAGAUUUACACAAAAACUACAAACUGAUCACAAACGCUUCUCUUAUUUUUACAAAACCGAUUACAUCGUCAUAGAAACUCUAAGGCGAACGAUUGGCUGCAGAAUAUUCUUCAGGCACUUUGUAGCCGUAAACUGACUGCAGCUGCGAUGAACUUUUCAGUGACGCGUCUGCGUCAGAGAUUGACAGGUCAGCAGGGCCGGGGUGGAUGGGUGGGACAGGAUGCACAGCCGGUACCAACAGGAACACUGUGUUUGUUGGAACAAAGGCCAGGACAUUCAAACAGGAAACAGGAAACCACUGAGAAGACAGUGGUUCCUGACCUCUGACAUCAGUGCAGCAUCAAAGACAAACCUCCCUCCUGUUUUUGGCUCUGUUUGUUAGGAGAGAAAUAAUUUAUUUCAGUCCACUGAUUGAACUGGAAUCAGAUGAACUAAAACACAUAUAGAGUCUCAGAUGCAGACAGAGACAGACUGCAGGUCAACCAGAACAUACACCUCCAGAAACAAGACUGGCUUUCACCAGUUUUUGUCAGUUUCAGUCAACAAGAUUUAAAGCGCCCCCUGCUGGACAACAACAGAACACAGAUGAAUGUAACUGUUGCCUAAGAAACUAGAACAAAAUAUUACUGUUAAUGUAUAUUUGUUUUUUUGUUUUUUUCACCUUUACAAUUAAUAGUUGUUGACAUACUAAACUCCCACUAAAAUGUGUUUUAAUAAUAUAUUGACUUUGGAGAGGUUAUUAAUUUGUGGUUUUCUAAUAAAGUUCUAAAAAUACUCAAAAGUCGUCAAAUAGAGUUGGAAUUAAAUUGUUUUUGUUAACCAUUUAAUUUCUAUCUUCUUUCUCAGGAGUAGAUAUGAAUGACUACAAUAAAUAUCUAUAAAGCCUUAUUUGAACUGACGUCACACUUGUGUAAUACUUAUGGAAUCCCACAGAUGGCAGUAUCUCCAUUGUACUCAGAAUAUCUCUUCUGUUUACAUUGAAAUGUUUCUGUCUUUUGAAUUUCAAUUUAUGGCACAUUAUUGGCAGAAUUGUAAUUUUAUGUUAAAUUCUCAAAUAAAAUGUAUUUUUUAUAUUGAAAACAGA